AUGAAUAUCACUGUAGUUUUGUAUGUCACUACAGAGCCUGUUGUUGUAUACGACGAAUAUUACAUGACUAUCAAUUCAGCUCGUUUCGCAAUCAAUUUUGUCCUGACUCCAAUUUUCUGCAUUUUCGGAGUUGUGGGAAAUGUCCUAAACAUCAUUGUCCUACGGAGUUGUGGUUACAAGGACUCCAACGUCCUGCUCCUGGAGUCCUUGACCCUGGCAGACCUGCUUUUGUCCGUGGUACAUUCCUUUAUACACCUCCAUUACAUUGUCGAGUGCUUCGACUUUGUGGUGGCGUCUCUGGUUGGGACCUUCAGCUUCAUCUACCUCUUCGUGCCCUACCAAGUCCUCCUGUGCGUGGUUGAGUGUCACUUGGCUGGCGUCGCCUUCGAAAGAGUCAUCGCCGUUUACUUCCCUUUCCACGUCGCGAGACUCUUCUUAAAGUCACGUGUCUUAAUUUACAUAUGCAUCAUGUACGUAUUUUCCAUCAUCGUAAACAUCCCGACCUUGCUUGUUUUCGAGCCCCAAUGGGUCAACGUCACCUCGAUUAACCGCCUCGUGGCCGUCGUAGGGCCUACCCAGUAUUUCCUGCUCAACUACGAAGACAUGAACAACUAUUUGAUAAUGGGGCUGAGCGUGAUCAACACCGUGAUACUGCCCUGCGUCACUGUCUUGGGAUGCGUCGCUGUUGGCCUGAAACUUCUGAUGAGAAGAAGACACACCAUUCGCCGGGCCAAAAUUGGAGACACCCACGACUUGAAAGGGAUGCGGCUUCUGGUGGCUGUAUGUCUAGUGUCUGUGUUUUACUGUAUACCUGGCCUCACUUUGAAUUACUUCUUCUACGUCUAUAAAUCUUUUACUGGGCCGUUGCACGAACUUAUGCUGGAUGUCUCCAAUUUUAUUGGUCAGUUUUAUUCAUCUACUAACUUCUUCAUUUACGUCACUAUGAGCCGGAAGUUUUACAGAACUUACCGGAAGUUAAUCUGCAGGUUUUAA